AUGUCAGGUAACUGCUCGGACAAACCCGUGGUUGUACCUAGAGAAGAUGCUCCUAUUGGUCCACAGUGGAGCCAGGUGGAAAUUGGCUGGAACAAACACUGGCUUGUUCCUGUUGUGAAAGUUGGAUGGACUAUCAAGCCUGAUGGAUGUAUUUUUUUCAUCCGUGGUUCAGAGAUAAGUAUUGUGGAUGAAAACACAAAUCGCUGUGUGUGCACGCAGUUUUCUUACAGCUUUAACAACGUACUGACACCAGAUUAUAAAAAGUGGAAUUUUUCCUUGGAUGUUGUGGUUGAGCCCAGGCAUACAUACACUCUGACAGUUUUUAAUGUGCCAGAACCCGAGAAUGACCAGUACAGGAUUAAACGGCAAAUUACCAUUCCAGGUAGCCUGUGGGAUCCCAGCAUUUCUGCUAAUGUGUCUAUUGACAAGAAACCCCAAAUUUCCAUUGUUGUGAUGUUUAAGACAGCACCAUACUCAGAGAUGUACCAAGUUACCAUCCAGAAUGGCAUUUUCAGUUGUGCACAGAAUGCCUCAAAGAAAAACAGGACAUCACUGACGGUUCCAUUUGAGUUUGAUUUGAAGCAGCUCUCUCACUGUAACACAUUGGUAACGAUCCAGCCAUUCUUUAUUCGCUGCAAAAGUGAUUGCAAGAAAGUGAAGAGAAAGGUUUAUCACUGCCAAAGUAAUUUACCAAAACCUGUAAUCAUAAAGAUGGUGCUGCUGCUCGUCUUUGGUGGUUGUCUUUCUUACGUACUGUGGAGAGCAUCUCGUAAAGAUUCUCUGAACAUAUUUUCAUCUGCUGCUAAAGAACAGCCGGACGUUUUUCAGGUUCAAAAGAGGAAACGCGUCCUCAUCAUCUACUCCCUUGACCAUCAUUUAUACAAGAACAUUGUUCUCAAGCUUUGUGGCUUCCUGAGGACCAAAUGUGGUACUGAGGUUGUCCUGGAUCUGCUGGACUUUACCAGACUGGGAGUGUUGGGAGGCAUUCAGUGGCUGGAUUGGCAAAAAGAACAAAUAGAUUGCUCUUCAGAUAAGAUAUUGAUUCUUUGCUCACGAGGCGUACAAGCCAAAUGGAGGGCCAUGUGUGGAGACAAACAGGUUUUCCUGAAAGAAGACGCGUGUUCACCUGUCGGUGACAUGCUUACUCCGUCCCUCACCCUCCUGCUCCCCCAUUUUAUCAGGUCUGCAUCAUUUAAAAAGUACAUUGUGGGUUAUUUUGAGGAGGUUUCUUCUGAAGAAGACAUUCCUUCACCUUUCAAUGUUACAGUGCGAUACAAGCUGAUGAAACAGUUUGAGGAAGUCUUUUUUAGAAUCCUGGACAUAGAAAAACAUGAACCAGGUCGAGUGAAGCAAAUCGAUGGACUCUCAGAGGACAAAUACCACCAAAGCCCUUCAGGCAGAGCCCUGCGGGAUGCUGUAGACGCUUUCCGUGCAUAUCAGCUGGAGCAUCCACAGUGGUUUGAGGACGAAUUAAUGGAAAGCUCAGAGUUGGAGGAGGACACAGUUAGAGAAGAUGAAAUUCAUGAAAACUAUGAAACACUCUUCAACCACUUAAUUUAUUGUAAGCUUGACUCAACCCAAGUUGUCAGCCAUGUGAAAAUAAAAGAAAACUGUUUUUCAGUCAAUGAAACAGAGCUCCUGUUGGCUGAAAAAAUCAAAUUUGAUGAUGGAGUUCAACUCUGA